AUACAUUGCCCUUCGAUCGCACGCCCCCAUAGGUCACCUGCUUAUUUAAAUGGUGCGUCCCCUUGGGUGCCACUUGAUAAAAGUUUCGCUGAGCGCUCCCUGUGGAUUCGCCAGAGAUAGCUGGGAGCUCCAGUAGCUCACCUGCCCAGGUGUACGCAGCGCUCCUUUAUCCAACCGGCAACCCCGCCCGGCCUGGCACCUGUUGAGAGCUCAGCGUGGCAUUACGGGGCAGUCCCCGAAGUCCCACCGUGAGGGGCUCUUUUGGCUUCGGUGGGCGCAGAGGCUGCUGCCAGCGCGUCCCUUUCUUUCCCCUUCGCCGGGCGCUGGGAGGCGGCGGACACUGACACCGGCCAGACGCCUCUAAUCCCCGCGGGGCGCCACGCCCGCCGCGCGCGGCUCAGGGAAUAAGAAGUGAGCACCUGGCGCGCAGGUGAAGCUCCAGCUCGCGCCGCGGGGCCGCCACUUUGCGCUCAGGGCCCCGAAGACCGUGCGGCCAUGGACGCCCCGCGGGGCAUCGGCACCUUCUUGGUGUGGGACUACGUCGUGUUCGCCGCGAUGCUGCUCAUCUCUGCGGUCAUUGGCAUCUACUACGCCUUCGCGGGGGGCGGCCAGCAGACCUCCAAGGACUUCUUGAUGGGCGGCCGCAGGAUGACCGCCAUGCCCGUGGCGAUGUCCCUCACUGCCAGCUUUAUGUCGGCCGUCACCGUCCUAGGCACCCCCGCCGAGGUCUAUCGUUUUGGGGCCAUAUUCAGCAUCUUUGCCAUUACCUACUUCUUUGUGGUGGUCCUCAGCGCGGAGGUCUUCCUCCCAGUGUUUUAUAAACUGGGAAUUACCAGCACCUACGAGUAUUUAGAACUUCGAUUUAACAAAUGCGUUCGUCUCUGUGGAACAAUCCUCUUCAUUGUUCAAACGAUUCUGUAUACUGGAAUUGUUAUUUAUGCCCCUGCUCUGGCCUUGAAUCAAGUCACAGGAUUCCACCUAUGGGGCGCAGUAGUAGCUACUGGGGUGGUCUGCACAUUCUACUGCACGCUGGGUGGUCUUAAAGCAGUUAUCUGGACAGACGUUUUUCAAGUUGGGAUAAUGGUAGCUGGAUUUGCAUCUGUGAUUAUACAGGCUUCACUGAUUCAGGGUGGAAUCAACACUAUUCUAAAUGAUGCAUACAAUGGCGGAAGAUUAAAUUUUUGGAAUUUUAAUCCUAACCCUUUGCAAAGACAUACAUUCUGGACAAUUGUUAUAGGGGGGACCUUCACGUGGACCAGCAUCUAUGGUGUCAACCAGUCCCAGGUGCAGAGAUACAUUUCCUGUAAAAGCAGAUUCCAGGCAAAAAUGUCUCUCUACAUCAAUCUCGUGGCCCUCUGGGCAAUCCUCACCUGCUCAGUGCUUUGUGGGCUCUCCUUGUAUUCCAGAUACCGUGACUGUGACCCUUGGACAGCCAAGAAAGUGUCUGCACCAGACCAGCUCAUGCCUUAUUUGGUACUGGACAUUCUGCAAGAUUAUCCGGGACUUCCUGGACUUUUUGUGGCCUGCGCUUACAGUGGAACAUUGAGCACCGUGUCCUCUAGUAUUAAUGCCUUAGCAGCAGUGACUGUGGAAGAUCUAAUCAAACCUCGCUUCAGAUCUCUCUCAGAAAGGUCCCUCUCUUGGAUUUCCCAAGGAAUGAGUGUGCUGUUUGGAGUCCUGUGUAUUGGAAUGGCUGCGCUGGCAUCACUAAUGGGAGCUUUGUUGCAGGCAGCACUCAGCAUAUUUGGCAUGGUUGGUGGACCGCUUAUGGGCUUGUUUGCUUUGGGGAUUUUGGUUCCGUUUUCCAACUCAAUUGGAGCCCUUGUUGGUCUGCUGGCUGGAUUUGCCAUUUCUUUGUGGGUCGGAAUUGGAGCUCAACUUUAUCCUCCACUUCCUGAGAGAACUAUGCCAUUAAGCCUUGAAACCUAUGGCUGUAACAGCACAUACAAUGGGACAAAUUGGAUGACAACCACAGAAGUGCCAUUUUCUACCAGUGCUUUUCAAGUACACAACAUUGAAAGGACUCCACUGAUGGAUAACUGGUAUUCUUUAUCGUAUUUGUACUUCAGCACGGUGGGAACUUUGGCAACUUUAUUUGUGGGAAUGCUUAUCAGUUUAUUAACAGGAGGAAGAAAACAAAAUGUAGAUCGCAGAUUCCUACUAACCCAAGAGGACUUUUUAUCCAAUUUUGACAUUUUUAAGAAAAAGAAGCAAGUUUUAAGUGAUAAAUCUCAUCCCAUAGAAGAUGGUGGAACUGACAAUCCUGCCUUUAACCAUAUUGAAUUGAACUGCACAGGUCCAAGCAGCAAGAUCAAUGGCACUCGUUUGUGAAGCUGCUGUGAUACUAAAUGAUUUUAAACAGUGUCCCAGUUUUAUGUGUUUUCUAAGAUAAUUGGAUCAGGUUUAGAUUUUUUUUUUUUUCUAUCAUGAAUGUUUGGGAGGGCGGAUAAAUCUUUUGUUAAAGCGAAGUCCUGAUUUUGCUCACUACACUCAUUAAUUGAUGCUACUUAGGAGGUAAGAGUUUCAAUUAUCAGCCUUUCCCUCUAUCCCUCUUUUAUUUCAAUGAAGCUAGUUGUGAAAGUGAUGAAAGUUGUGACUCUAUAUGUGCUAAACAGCUAAUACACAUAUAUGCAUACAUACUGGAUGGUCAAAAGCAUAUUCUUAAAUUUGGGCAAUAUUAAAAAUAUAUCUGUGCAUUUGGUGCUAGCAUAUAAGUGUCGGGGUUCAUUGAAAUCAUAAUCAUUACUGAAAAAGCCUUUUCUCCCUCCUACCACAUGCUCCCUAGGAGGCAAAGAAGUGACAAGUCUUCGCUGUCUAGAUCUUUGUUUCUCAUUGACCCUUGUCAGCCCAACACACAUAUUAAUCUUGGAAUUGAUUCUGGCUUGAGGAGGUGGUAAUCAAGAAGCAUCCCAUUUGGGACAGAACCUGGGCCCAAUGAUCAAGGUCUUCUCGGUGCUGUGCAUCCAUUCUUGUGCCUUUUUGCUUGUUAUCCAGAGUGCCUGGCCACUGGCUGCUUGUAUUACCUUUCUUAGACUCUGGUUCUUAUCUGCAUUCCUUGUUCCUGACCCAUCAGCUUUGAACUUGUUGCACAUUCUACCUUUGCUUGCCUUCUUAAUUUCCUGUUCACUCUAUUGUCUUGGGCUUGCAUAUGUCUUGAGACACCCAGUGCAAAUCAUGCCACCCUGGAUCCUGGUUCACUGCAUCCCAGCUUAUAAAUAUAAACUACCAUAAGCCUCAUACUGACCAAAGGACUUUCAACAUAGGUAAUUACAGUUUUGGUGAUACAAGAACAUUUACAUGAGUAAAAAUGAUUAAGCCCUGUGAAAUUAGGUGGUUCCAUUGAAUGCUAUUAAUUUGAAUCUUUGAAUGUCAACUUAUUUGCAAUCACUUAAAUUUAAAAGUAUAUAUGCUUGGAAAUAUUGAAUUCUAUUAUAUAUCCAUCUGGUUAAAAAGCUAAAUUAUAUAGACAAAUACUACUAGUUUACUAGAAUUACUAAAUAUAUGCAAUGUUCUAAAAUUUCAAGUAGCAAUCUCAAAGUUUAUUUUAUUUUGCUAACAUUUCUAGCUAAGAUUUUGGUUAAGGAUUUUAUCAAUAACUUAUUUUUUUUCUACAGCAUACACAUUUGAUACUGUUUAGAAGUUUUUUUUUUAGCUUUACACUGUUUUAAAAUAAUAAUGUGUGAAAUAUUUAGAUACAUUAAAGUACUUUGUAAUUAAAUAAUUUUUUGCUUAUUCUCUGAUAUUUGGGUGAGCAUGCUCUGUACAUUUAGAGGUUGCCAAUUGAAACUAUUAAGAAAUAAAAAAAUAGGAAAUUGUAUUUAUCUAAAGCAGAGAUUUAUGACAUUUAAAUUAAUGAUAUAUUCACAUGUAUUAUAUGUACAUAAUUGCUAUUUUUUAAUCAACAUAUUUGUUAGCAUACAUCAAACUGUAAAUCUUUCUAUAAUUUUUAAUUAGUAGAAAGAUAUAAUCUUACUUGUUUAUGUGAAUGUGAUUUAAGCUAUUGUUUUUUAUGUAGUAAUUCUAAAUGUACCUGUGUGUAGAAUGCUUCAGUUUGGGUGAUCAAAAUUGGGUUAUUUAAAUAGUUUUUUCUCAUUUGACUUCCAAGGGGUUAUACAAUGAGAAAUAUGAGAGACAUAAUAAUUCCAUUCUUCUCCACUUUAUUUUUACAAAAUAUAUCUUUGUGACAUUAGGAAUUGUCUAUAUUUUAUAAAUCCAUGAGAGUACCAGAUAGAAUUCUUUUUUUUUUUUUGUCUUUUUGCUAUUUCUUUGGGCCGCUCCCGCAGCAUAUGGAGGUUCCCAGGCUAGGGGUCUUAUCGGAGCUGUAGCCACCAGCCUACGCCAGAGCCACAGCAACGUGGGAUCCGAGCCGCGUCUGCAACCUACACCACAGCUCACGGCAACGCCGGAUCAUUAACCCACUGAGCAAGGGCAGGGACCGAACCCGCAACCUCAUGGUUCCUAGUCGGAUUCGUUAACCACUGCGCCACGAUGGGAACUCCCAGAUAGAAUUCUUAAAAAAUCAAAGUUACUCUUAGUAAAAGUUAUUCAUCUUAUCUAAAUCUUUGGGUUAAACCAAUUAAAGGUAAAAUGUUAAUAUAUUAUAAUGUAAAUUAAAUAAUCCAGUAUUAUUAAUUAUUUUGAAUCACAACACUAAUGGGGGGGAAAAGCCAUACAAGUUGCCUAUUUUUUUUUUUUUUGCCACUAACAAGUUGUAUGACCUUGAAUUUAUCCUUAAUCUCCUCUGAUGACGGAACACUAAACACAUACCUACCUCACAUAAAUAAUGUGAGCAGGAAAGAUCAGUUAGCACUUUAUUAACUCAGUUUUACUUAAAACUUCAAUAUAAUUGAAAAUCAAAAUGUGAGACAAAAAGAUAAAAAGAUAAGCUGUUAGUAAUUUGCAAUGAAAUGAUGGGAGACAGUUCCUUCUGAAAAAUAUAGUUAGAAAUCAGUAGGAUUAUUCUAAUGAAAAGGAUGGAAACUUUUAGAAAAAAUUUACAGUUUUAUUAAAGUAUAGUUGAUUUACAAUGUUGUGAUAAUUUCUGCUGUACAACAAAGUGAUUCAGUUAUAUAUAAACACAUAUCCAUUCUUUUUCAGGUUCUUUUCCCAUAUAGAUAGAUUAUCACAGAAUAUUGGGUAGAGUUCCAUAUGCUAUAUAGCAUAAAGCUAUGGACCAGUCAUAUUCACGCCAUAGGAAAAAAAUAAAAUUUUAUAUAUAGUAUGUGAAAGCAGUGUACAUGUAUAAUCAUCUGUUUAGUUGCUCAUGUGAUCAUUUUCUCUCUAGACCAGUGGUUCUCAUUGGGACAAGUUUUGCACCUAAGAGGACAUUUAGAAAAAUCUGGAUAUGUUUUUCUGGUUGUCACAGCUGGGGAGGAGGUGUACUGGCAUCUAGUGAAUAGAAUUCAGAGAUGUUGCUCAAUGUCCUGUGGUGCACAGGGCAGCCCCUCUCCUCCACAACAAAAAAUGACCCCGCCCCAGAGAGCCAUGCUGUUGAGUUCAAGAAAUCCUGCCUUUGAGGCUAAGGUUAGUAUCUUGGUUUUCCUGAAGUCACAUACCUUGGUUGUACUCCUUUAGGGAAGUUCCCUUGACUCUUGUAUCUGAUUGUUCUCAUCUAUAGGUGGGGAUUCAAGUAUUGCUUGAAUGUUAUCAAAUGGAAUGUUAUGGAAUGUUACGGAAUGGAAUAUUAUGGAAUAUGUAAUGUUAUGUUAUGGAAUAUUGUUAUGGAAUGUUAUGAUACAGAAUAAUAACCAUAUAUUUUCACAGCAUUUUAAAAAUUAAGAACUAUAGAAUUGUGAGUAACUAUGAAAACAACUCAAGAGAGUUUCUUUUCUUUACUUUUCUAUUCUUUUUUGGGGGCCAUCCUUGUGGCAUAUGGAAGUUUCCAGGCCAGGGAUCAAACCUGCACAUAGCAGUGACAGUGCUGAAUCUGCUAGAUCACCAGGGAACUCCCAGGAGUUUUAUUUCUUGAUAUGAUUUCCAACAGUAACACAUAUUAAGAUGAAGGAAAUAUUAAAUAUAUGCGUAAGGAGUUUUCAUCAUUUUGUUUUAUUUAUGAUAAUCUCAGGAAGUAUAGUAUAUUGUUAACAGUUGACUGUGAAGUAGAUACAUGGAACAGGGGUGGGGUUGAGUUGAGGGAAAUAACUCUGUGUUGAUUCUUGUAGGAAAUUUUGAGUUUUAUCCCGUACAUUUGUUGAUACAGAGUCAGCUAAGUGCCUGACCCUUAGUCGCUGAAAACUCACUCUGUUAUUUAGUCACUGUAAAAAUCACUUUUUCUUGUAAGUUGUACGCCCAUUGUUUGUGAAAAGACUUGAGAGGGUUCAACAUUAUAGUGUAAAACAUGGUUACAGUUCUGAUUUUUCAACUUGCUGAUUAAACUCUGCAAAUACUUUGCAGUUGUCUGUUCUUGGGGGUUAAGUGUCGCAUUUAAUAUAAUUAACUAUCAGCUUUUACAGAAAGUUAUUUCCAGUUUAUUUACCACACAAAGGACUCUUCCUAUGUACUAUGUAUAGAUUAUAAAUGUGUAAGCAAAUAAACCUGUAGAACUUUUGUCACUGAAGAAUAUAUUUUAAUCAAUUAUCACCACACCUGAAAAUAGAAAAUAACAUAUUUAAUACUGGAAAAUUUCUUAGCCAUUAUCUCUUUGCAUAUUCCCUCUCCCCCAUUUUCUCUAUUCCAUGAUCUUUAAAUCCUAUUAGAUGAAUGUUGUGACUUUUUCUCUCGUCCCCGUGUCUCCUAAUCUGGUCCACCGUCUCAAUCUUUUUAUAUUUACAUAAAUAAAUCUUUUUAUUUUUAUAUAAAAAUAUUUUAAUAUAAAAAAUAUAAAUCUUUCUAUAUUUAUGUGAGGCAUCCUGGAAAUCAUCCAAGAUAUAGAUAUAAACGAAAGGAUAUUCCUUAACGUUUUCUUUUCAGCUGUUUCAAAUAUACUACUUAACGUGUCCAUUGAAUUUUCAAUCUCUAUUUGGUGUUACUUCAAUGACUUUUUUUUUUCCAUUUCUAGAGUUGGAUGUGCUUUUUCAAAUGUUCCUAUUCUUUUAUGCUGGAUUUUUAAAAUAUUAUUCCUAAUCAUUCUUUUACUCUUUAAUAAUUUUAACCAUGUUUACUACUUUUUCAUAUUGUGAUAUUACUUAAAAUUCUUCAGAGUGCUACUUCUUAUACUUGUCCAUUUGCUUACUCUGUCUCAUGGUGAAUUCUUUCUUUGUGUAGUUGAUCAUUUUAGCUGAAUGUUUAUCUUCAGCAGAGGUUGUAUUUUUUUUUUUUUUUUUCCCCAGUGAGAGUUCCUGCCUCUGGUUAGGGAGAAUCUCUACAGAGACGUUUUCAAUUAGCUUUUGCUGUGCCCUUGUUGUUUCAAUGUCCUUCAAUCAAUUUUACAUCAUUAGCUCAGGCUGGGGCUCCUCUCUUACUUUCAUAGUAUCAAUUUUCCUCCUAUGCCCAUGCAUUUCACAGGACUUAGUUUUGAUGCUUCAUCCAAGACUUGGCUAGAGGUGCAUUUUCUUUAAAACCCCCUUUUAACUAAUGGGGCAGUUCUUCAAGGUGUUUGGUGAUACUUGGAAUAAAGUUCUAACUUCUCCACAUUCCACAGGCAGAAACUUAAUCUUCAUCCCCCUGGGACAUAAGAACUCAGCAGGAUUUACACCUCCAUGGUUUAUUUGACAUCUGCUGGUACCCUUACUGUAGUUCCAAUUUUCUUUUCAAUAUUGGGACUAGUAUUUUUCUUUUCAUUCUUACCAGUUUGACUAUGUAUUAAAAUUUUUGUUUUCUGAAUUUUAUACAGAAUUUCUAUGUAUUUAGAGCAGGAGGUGCCCCCAUCUGUAUGAAUCACAAAUUGUUAAAAUUCUCUUAAUUCUGUUAUUCUUUUAAUUUGUUUAAUCCUAGGCUGUGGUGACGUGAGGAGAUUUUCAUCACAUAUGGAAAUUUUAAAGUAAUGUACAAAAUAAGAUAAUCUGUUAUAAGCUGAACUCAUGAAUUCUGAGGUACCUGGAGAGUUUCUUAUAUAAUAGUUUUACUGAGGUGUAGUUCACAUACCAUACAGUUAACCCGUUUAAAGUGUACAACUCAGUGGUUUUUUUAUUCAGAGUUGUAGAACUAUCAUCACAAUCUUAGAACACUUUAAUAACCCCCAAAAGAAAUCCCAUUACUAGUCACUUUCCAUUUUCUCUCAACCCUAUUAGCCCUAAGUGACGAUUAAUCUAAUUUUAUCUCUAUAGAUUUUUUUACCCUGGAAAUUUCAUGUAAGUUAAACCAUAUGAAAAUCAAAAGACCAUAGCAUAGUGUUUUCAGGAGUAAUCUUGAUGUAGCAUAUAUCAGUACCUCAUUCAUUUUUAUGGCCCAAUAAUAUUCCAUUGUAUGGACAUACAACAUUUUAUUUAUCCAUUCAUGGACCUUUGCGUUAUUUCCACUUUUAGGCUAUUAUCAAUUAUGCUGAUCUGAACACUGUGUACAAGUUUUUGUGUGGAUGUGUGUUUUAAUUUCUAUUGAAUAUAUACAAGCAAUAGAAUUGUUGGGUCAUAUGGUAACUCUAUGUUUAACCAUUUGAGGAACUAUUAGUCUGUUUCUAAAGUGGUUACACUAUUUUACAUUUUUAUUAGCAGUGUAUGAAUGUUCCAAUUUCUUCACAUCCUGACUAACACCUGUUAACAGUAUUUUUUUUAAAUCAAAUGAUUUUUUAUUGCUAAUUUUUUAAAUUAAAGUAUAGUUGAUUUACAAUGUUGUGUUAAUUGUAUUUUUUAUUAUUGCUGUUCUAGUGGGCAUGAAGUGGCAUUUCAUUGUGCUUUUGUUUUACAAUUUCCUGAUAACUAAUGAUGUUGAGCAUCUUUGAAUGUUUAGUGGCCAUUUGUACAUCUUCUUCAGAGACAUGUUCAGUGAGAUCCUUGUCCUGUUUUUCAGUGGUUUAGUUGUCCUUUUAUUAUUGAAUUGUAAGAGUUCUUCAUAUAUUUAAGACAGAAGUUUCUUACCAGAUAUAUAAUUUGCAAACAUUUUCCUCCACUCUGUGGGUUGGAGAGUUUUCUUUUAAUUGAAAGUCUCUGAGUUACAGAGAAAAGUCACUUGAGAUCAAAACAUAUCUCAAGUUUUGAAGUAGGUAGCAUAAAGCCUACUCUUCACACCCUGAAGAUGGAGUAGGGAACAUGAUGUUUCAGUUAAUGGACAACAUUCAAUGCAAUUUAAAAUAGGGCUAGUUGUAGAGGUAGGUAGAGAAAUAAAAGAAGAUAGAUAAAGAAGGUGCAGAGACAGGAGAUAUGAAAGGAGAAAGAUAAAUAUACUGAUUUAACUUCCUACUGAGACCAUGCCUGGCAUCAUUACAUAAUGCUGGGUGGAAGGCAGGAUACCCAGGCAAAGACAAGACUGCAAAACAUGCUAGGAGAGAGUCAAAGUAAUAAAUAACCUUGCUUUAUUACAGUGUUGGAGAGGCUAGAGGUUGCCUCGAGGAGGCCAUCUAUAGGACAACUGAUAUUUAGGAGAAGAGAAUAUUCAGAAAAUUUAACCAAUGAUCUUUCCCUUUCCCUGGAGCACUCAAUUACCUCCUCAGCCUUUCUUCACAUUCAAAUAUUCAGGUGUUUGAUGUUUAAAGCUCAGAAAAGGGAUGUUUCCACAAAUAUCAGAGGGAAAGAGAUUUUUUCUUGGCUUAUGAGUGUCAAAAGUCUAACCUCUUAGGCUGAUGAGGAUAAAGUGUCUCGGAAAGUAAGAUCCUAAUUCUCAAAUAGAGUAGAAAUGGAUUUCUGAUGCUGAGAGGGUUUAGAGGAAGUGAUGAGAGUUAAUAUAUUACUGAGUCUCGGAGAAGGGAUCUCUGUAUCCUGUUCUGGGUGGUGAGCCCUGGAUGGCUGCAGUGAACCACCCUAUAGGUUUGUGGGAUUUGAAAAAAAUAGAAAAACCUGUGCACCAUCUCCUGGUUAGAGCUUAAAGCCACAAAAACCCAGUAAAUACACAACUGGUGUGUCUAGGCAGGCAUGUGACCGUGGGGGCAUUAAAGAGACUUUAUCAGGUUUUAUAAGCACAGAAACAGAAAGUGCUACAUGAAGUGUCUAGGUGAGUAGGACUUUAGCUUCACAAUUUCCUACAACCCAGUGUAGUGUAACAGCAGCAUGGAGGUUAGGAAGGAAAUUUGGAAAUUUAUCAAACAGGCUGAGACUAAUCUGCUAAGACUAAUGAUCAAGUAUUUUUUGAACAGAAUGAAUUUUGUAAGCUUAGGCAAUUAAAAAAAAACAAAACACCUGGGCAGUGGGGAUGGGAAGAAGUACUAUUCUCUUUUUACAGCAAAAAGUCAUUUCUGUAGCUUAAAACAGAAAUGACUGUAUUUACAUUGUUGUGUAUUUACAUUGGUUUCAACUUCAAUGCUGUAAAUACAGAAAUGACUGUAUUUACAAUGUUGUGUAUUUACAUUGGUUUCAACCUCAAUGCUUUUCUUGGCCUUUCUUCUUAAACUUUAGCCAUCUGUAUUCAUUUCUGUAUUCUUAGAUCUAGAACAGAGUCUGGCCCAAUAAAUACUGUUAAGUGAACGAAUCUAUAUAAUUCCUGCCUCUUAGAGUUUUCAUCCACCUGUUUGUCUUUAAAUGCACGUCCCACGUUUGUUAUCUUAAAAAGGAAGGUCUGAGAUGGAGUUGAGUGUGCUUAAAAUAUUUAUUAACCAGCGCCUUUGGGAUCCACACCUGGGUAAGGAAUACAAGAAUAGCAGGCUUGGGCAGAGGUGGGAGCUGUAAACACAGGUGAAGGAUAACCUCCCCAUGGAGACUCUGAAGUGAGGGGAGUUAACAGUCAGAGUUAACCCCAUUGGGCUGAGAUAGCCAGGCUUUCAUAUUCCCGCGUCAAUUAGACUUUAAAGUGGGCGGUCACAGGAAGGGGCGUGGUCAAGGAAGGGGUGUAUCUUUAAAGAAAGACCGGGGAAUCCUCUGCAGUAAAGCCAUCCAGAGGGUCUGAGAGCUGAAGGCUGACUGUAGUAGUGCUCCCAACAGCUGGGCCAAAAAAUCCUUCACUGAAGAGGGAUCUCAGUAGUACGGUGGUGUGUCCACUUCUUAAGAUUUGGCUGGAAAAUGAGACUGCCUUCCCCACUGUGCUGCUGAAGACGUGUUGACUGAGCAUCUGUGAGAGCAGAGAGCCUGUGGUUGGAAGGCACAGCCAGGAACAGAAGCAUAAGGACAGGGGGCAUGUGAACUGAGGGUCCUUGGAAAUUGGAGUGAAGCCCUCAUUCAUGGAAGAGCCAGGGACACUUGAAAGGGUGAUGGUGGCCUCAACGAAUGAGCUUAACAGUAGUCUUAAAAUGUGUCAAGAUCAUGAGAAAGAAAGAUGGGCGGAAACAAAGGAGACACAAUAUCUAAAUGCAGUGUUAGAUGCUUCAUGGAUCAUGGACAAGAAGAAAAAGAGUGGAAAAACAAGCAAUAUUCAAAUAAGAUUAUGAGUUAAUAGUAUGGUAGUAAUGUUAAUUUUCUGCUUCAAUACAUAUGUAUGAUAUUAACAUUUGGGGAAACAAG